GAGAAAGCAGGGUCCUCUCCUGAGGAGGUAGUUGUGUGUAAGCAGCAUUUCUCCUGGGCUUUUUACAAACACUUUGCCUCUGUCUUGCUUACAUGACUGCUUUGAGGUUAGUUUGGAUCCUAGUACUAUGCUCAUUACUGCCUUUGGUGCUCGGAAACUAAGUUUAAAACCAUGGCCAGUAAUCCAGGAGAAGAUUAAAAACAUUUUCAGACCACACAGUGACUUUGCCCUCCCCAUCCCCCUCUUUCAGGUAGUUUUAGGCUUUGGGGAACUUGGAAAACUGAUUUGCAGGAAGGAGCUUGGAGACGUGAAACAAGUUUGUGUUUCUUCUGCUCUGUUGACCACUGCUAUCUUCAUGGAUCUGAAACUAUUUAUCUGACAGUGCACUUAGUACUGCUUCGCCAGGGAAAAAGCACACAAAACAAGCCUGGCGCAUCAGCACUUUCAUUGUGUUCCGGCUGAGCCUCCCUUCACAUGGUCACAGCCCGCUUUAAUCCAGUCCUCCCCUUCCCUGCCCCUUCCCCAGACCUGCCUCUUUCUACAGCACUUACUGCUGGUUUCCCUGAGCUCCUGUUUCUACUUUGUGUUUUUUGUGGAGCCCAGGAAGCUAAAGCUGAGUAUAUUUGUGGAUGAGACAAGUGCAGCAAGUUAAUGUCAUUGGCUUCUGAAGGGGACAGUGAGGUGAUGGCUGCGUUUAAGUUGGAUUUCCUUCCAGAAAUGAUGGUGGAGCAUUGCUCUUUGAAUUCCAGUCCUGUAGAAGAAGGCUGGAAAUCUUCAAAAGCAGAUUGUUGGCUGAUAGCUUUAGGACCUGAUGUAACAUCCCACAUGUCAGAAGAUCCCCCUUUUCCCAGUGAAAGUUACUUCUCACAACGUAGACACACUGUGUUUUGUUCUCACAAGAGAACUGCUCAAAGAAGAUGAACGGCACCCUGGACCACCCAGACCAACCGGAUCUUGAUGCUAUCAAGAUGUUUGUGGGCCAGGUUCCCAGGACCUGGUCUGAGAAGGACUUGAGAGAACUCUUCGAACAGUAUGGUGCUGUCUAUGAAAUCAACGUCCUAAGGGAUAGGAGCCAAAACCCUCCUCAGAGCAAAGGGUGCUGUUUUGUUACAUUUUACACCCGUAAAGCUGCAUUAGAAGCACAGAAUGCUCUUCACAACAUGAAAGUCCUCCCUGGGAUGCAUCAUCCUAUACAGAUGAAACCUGCUGACAGCGAGAAGAACAAUGCAGUGGAAGACAGGAAGCUGUUUAUUGGUAUGAUUUCCAAGAAGUGCACUGAAAAUGACAUCCGAGUCAUGUUCUCUUCAUUUGGACAGAUUGAAGAGUGCCGGAUAUUGCGGGGACCUGAUGGCCUGAGCCGAGGUUGUGCAUUUGUGACUUUUACAACAAGAGCCAUGGCACAGACAGCUAUCAAGGCAAUGCACCAAGCACAGACCAUGGAGGGCUGCUCAUCCCCCAUGGUGGUGAAGUUUGCUGAUACGCAGAAGGACAAAGAGCAGAAGAGAAUGGCCCAGCAGCUCCAGCAGCAGAUGCAGCAGAUCAGCGCGGCAUCCGUGUGGGGGAACCUUGCUGGGCUGAACACUCUCGGACCGCAGUACUUAGCACUUUAUUUGCAGCUCCUUCAGCAGACUGCCUCCUCUGGGAACCUCAACACCCUGAGCAGCCUCCACCCGAUGGGAGGGCUCAAUGCGAUGCAGUUACAGAAUUUGGCUGCACUGGCUGCUGCAGCUAGCGCAGCUCAAAACACACCCAGUGGUACCAAUGCUCUCACUACAUCCAGCAGUCCCCUCAGCGUCCUUACCAGUUCAGCAGGGUCCUCACCCAGCUCCAGCAGCAGUAACUCUGUCAACCCCAUAGCCUCACUUGGAGCCCUGCAGACACUCGCUGGAGCAACGGCUGGCCUCAACGUCGGCUCUUUGGCAGGGAUGGCUGCUUUAAAUGGUGGCCUUGGCAGCAGUGGCCUUUCAAAUGGCACCGGUAGCACCAUGGAAGCCCUCACCCAGGCCUACUCUGGUAUCCAGCAAUACGCUGCGGCUGCACUCCCCACCCUGUACAACCAGAAUCUGUUGACACAGCAGAGUAUUGGUGCUGCUGGAAGCCAAAAGGAAGGUCCAGAGGGAGCCAACCUGUUCAUCUACCACCUCCCCCAGGAGUUCGGAGAUCAGGACCUGCUGCAGAUGUUUGUGCCCUUUGGGAAUGUUGUGUCUGCCAAGGUUUUUAUAGAUAAGCAGACAAACCUGAGCAAGUGUUUCGGUUUCGUGAGUUAUGACAAUCCAGUUUCGGCUCAAGCUGCCAUCCAGUCCAUGAACGGCUUUCAGAUUGGCAUGAAGCGGCUCAAAGUGCAGCUCAAGCGUUCGAAGAAUGACAGCAAGCCCUACUGAGUGCCCCCCCUCUGAGACUGGAGUGAGAGGGUCUUCUGGUAAGUGGGGGAGGAGCACCCUAACGAUUCGAAGCCCUGAGGCUGUGUGUUGGCAGCCCUGGACCCUGAUCCCUGCCACUCUCACAGGCACAGCUUGCCCCGAAGACUCGCUACUGCCUUCUGUGGGAGUUUCGCUUCGUACAGAGGACGAGUUUGUGCUUUGGUUUCCAGUGUUUUACUUUGGAGUUUAGGUGCCAUAUCCUGAGGGGUUUUUUUUUUCCCCUUUAUUUAAAGUUUGCUGUGUUUGUAACCAGUGUGUGUUGAGAUGGACCAACACCAAACCACCCUGGGGGAGGGAGAAUGGGGAAAUAUUUUAAAAAGAUGAAGAUCAGGAUUUGCCCCAGACCACCCAAGAGAGAGAGGACUGAGUGGAACAAAGUAUGACCCUUACUUAGAGUGUCCCGAGUGCAUGGGGGCGGGCUGCUCUGGAGGAAAGGCGGGUGACCCGACACUUAGUGCCCUGCAGCUGCAGGCGAAAGCGGCUUCACAGCUGCCUUCCAUGGAAAAAUACUGAGUUUCUGCCACCUAUUUUUCAAAUUCUUGUCCUGGAUUUCUGCCCCUCUUUCAUAAAAAGGGGUCAACAAUUCUCUGGAAAUAAAGCAUCUCUUAAAUUAGCUAAUUUAUGCAAAAAGCAGGGAGAUAUCACCCAUUCCUGGCCUUCAAGCCUCCAUUGGUAUCAGAUUGCCCUGCCUGCCGGCCCACCCAGUGGCUGUUAGGAGAAACAGCCAAGGAGUUCAUUUUUAAUUAAAUCAACAUCAAAUUAGACCCUGGCCCAUUUCCAACAAAUCCCCUUUUUAAAAAGGCCUCUGUGGAUGACAUUGCUGGGUCUCUUCCUUGUAGUUCAUCCUGAGCCACAGUUUUCUCCUGAGGGCAGAUCUACAGGGUUAGCCCUCAGCGGUGAUCUGAAGCCACCCACUUGUGGGGGAGGAGCCUGUUCCUGGGUGUCCUGAGUCAUAAGAUCCCUCCAGGUUUGGGUGCUGCCUUGCCGCAGGCAGACUUCACACUGAGGAAGAGGCAGAGAUGCGCUCUACUCCCUCACUGAGGCGUCCAGGGGUGUAGUAUAUUCCCACAGUUAUGGCAGAUGCCUCUUUCAGCCACGCCAGUCCCAUUUUCUGCCCUUGGGAACAGAGAAACAAUAGCACGUUUACAGCCUCUGGAUGGAUUUAGUGUUCACUUACCUCAGUAUUACUGUGUUCGUUUUUGUCCUCGCGCUUAGUUAACUGCCCACUGCCUCCCAUGGGCCUCUGGGCUCUGCCUCUGCUCCAAGAAAUGCCGUGGGCUGGGAGCCUACAGAUUCGCGCUGUUGGCGGUGCGCACCUGGCAGUAGCCCUGUUGGGGCAGACUGUUGGCCCCAGCCAAGGGCUGGGUGCCUGGAUCCCUGGGAGCCUAUCCUGCCCUCACCAACAGCAGAGCACAAAGUAGAGGGGUCACUGCUGUGAGUCAUAUGGGGCAUGCCUGCUGUGCUGUACCUGAGGUAGAGCCAGGGCCUACCGUCUUGCCACAAAUUGGUGGUACUGGAUUAUCCCACUGGAGCCACUCCCUUCUCACAGUGAUAACCGGGCUUGUCCUCUGAGAAACGUGAAACAUACCCUUCUUAAGCGGAACCACGUAAACUUGAAUUCUGCACACUGGGAGAAAUGUGUCCUGUGUUUCAAAGGAGAAAACUGUUCUAAAGGCUUCCAGGGUCAUGAUGGGAUUUUUUAAAUAAAUGCAAAAAAGAAAAAGAAAAAACAAAACAAAACAAAAAAAAAAGAAAAAAAAUGCUAGGUUGGGGGAGACUCUGUUCUGAAUCCCAGCCAGCUGGAACCAAGAAUGUCGUUUCUAUUUUUAUAGAAGUUUUAUACAGCUCCGGGGUGGAGAAUAUUUAUUACCUAAAUUAUAUCUCUGGAAAAGGCCAGGAUUUUAUAGAAUCCAGAAUGUGAUUGUUGUACACACAGGGUGCUGUGUAUGAUUGAAACUACUGACUUUCUGUGGCAUUCGCAGCCCGGCUAACGUGCCCGAGGGGCGGCAUUAAUGCUGUGAAUUGGCAGAGGAGAGAGCUGUGCUCCCCGGGCGCUGCCAACGCCAGGCUCCCGGCCUUCUGUUCUGUCUUCCUCCUUGGCCAGAGCUCCACACUCUCCCGCCCCUUCCUCAGCCCUGUUGCCCCCUUGCCCACGAGGCUGUCCUGGCCAGGUGCAGCCUGCCUCCUUGGAUCCACCGAGGCCUUCCCCACUCAAGUUCUCCCUCCCAAGGGGAGCGCUGGCCCCACAGGGCCCUGGCUGCGAGCCCAUCACCGUGACCCCACUGCCCAGUGCAUUGCACUGCAGAGGCGCUGCCCUUGAGCACAGUUCUCUCCCGGGCCAAAGAUGGUUUUGUGUAGAAGCUGUUCCCCUCCGAGUCUCACUGUGUGAGAGGGCUCAGCCCUGAGAGUGGAGACUUGCAGUCAAGUCUUAAGCAAAACUUUUCUGUCGUGGAGGUGUCACUUACAAUGUUUUUUCUGCCAUAGUUUUGUUUCUUCCUUGGGUUACAUCAUGAAAUUGAUUUGCCUUGAAUGCGGCCAGACCACUAUCUCCUGGGCCCCACAUAGGUGGCCAGGGCGGGGUGGAAGCUAAGGGCUUGGAUUUCUGGGAACCAAGGGCUCUCCCAUAGGAUGGAGCAGAAAUCCCGGCUCUCCGUGCUGAAGACCCCCCCCCCCCAGCCUGCAUCUGUCUCCCCCUUGGGGAGGCCCCACCCCGAGACCUCGUCCUCCAUCACUGGGCGCUUCAUGGGAAAUCCAAGCCUUAGGUUCCCUUCUGUCUCUGGCAGCUGGAUGUUUUCUCGGUGUCCUCCGUGUCCUUUUUGACUCUUCCCUGUGUCCAUUGUUAGCAUGUGCAAAGUCCCCUGUCGCCCCGCCCCGCCCCACCCUGCUCCUCAUUUCAGGGCUGUCCACACAGUGAGUGUCCUGUUCUCUCUCUCUGUUUGGAUGUAUUGCUCUGUGUAACUCAGUGGGUCUCCCUCUUUCUGGUUUGUUUUUUUUCUAGAUUCCUGCCGUUUGUUCAUCGUUGUGCCUAAAGCAUGUCGAUGUGGCGUCAAGUACAUCGUCCAAAUCCCUGUCUCUUCAGCUUCUCUGAUGCUUGAACUCUCACCUUUGACCUUGUGUUGAUCUUUGAUGCUGAUGUGUAUUUUUAUUAUGUUUGUUUCUUUCUUUGUUUUUUCUUUCCUUUUUUUUUUUCUUUUCCUUUUUGUGCUGCCAAAAUUGGUUUUGCUAGAACGACUGCUGAAGGGGAAAUAUUUAAACUUGCAUUUGAAUAUAAAAAUCUAUUUUUCUAGAACUUCAUAAGAUAACCACUUGAUUUUGUGAUUCCAAUUCUUUGUAAUUGUCUUCAGAGCAGCCCUACUAGCACAUACCGCGUGGUGUUUGUGUUUCUGUGAACACACAGCCAGUCUGUUUCUAGGCUUUGUUUCUGUGUGCUUAGUUUUAAAGACAACUUUGAAGUAAAUAAUGAAAUAAAGGGUGUCACUAAACCUUUGAGGCUCCUGAGCACAUUUUGCUGAUACAGUUUGUGGGGCUUGAGGAGACCACAUGUGUUGUUCUUAUUUUUGUUUUUCUGAGUUCUUGACUGCAAAACACACCUGAAUCCUCUCUUUGACAGCAGGCUGCAGUUUGGGCCCCAGCUGUCCCUUUCACUUUUCUUCUGUGGUCUUCCUUGGGGUGACCCUGUUGGGCGCCCGGGAUCUCUCUGGCCCAUCCUUCAGCCCACGGCUCACCUCCGUGCUUGUCCUACAGUCUCCACAGCAAAAUGUGAUGCUUUGAGUUUUUUUGUUUUUGUAUUGUUUUUGUGUUUUUAUUUUGAAUAUUUUUCCCACUAAGAUCAUGCUCAGAAAAAACUAGUUUUGCAUGUUUCCUGCUAUUUCUUCACACCUUCGUAUAUAUCACCUUCACCUCUCUGUUUUCUAUAGUUUGUGCAAAAACUGACUGAUUUAAAAGGGUUUCAAAGAAGCUGUUUUAAAUUGUUGUGGGGUUGAUUAUUUUUUUUCAAGAUUGUAUUGUUUUAUUUUGAAGUGGCAACUUUCUCCCUAUUGCCCGUGGAGCGUGUGCCUGUGCACUUAGACUGUCACCUCGUGUGGCGUCAGGUCUGAGCAGGGUACCCAGGGUGCCCGGGACCUGGGCCGCUCCCCAGAGGGGAGGGGAGGGGAGGGAGCGGCAGGGAAGUGGAGACACAGCCUGCCGGCCAAGGGGCACAGGGGCACAGGAGGCCUAGCGCAGGACCAGCACCCAGCAAGGAGGGCGCUCUACACCUGCCCACGCUUUCCUGGGCCACAAGCACAAUACCACAGUCUGCACACUGUUUACAGCCCUGAGCACCGCCCACCCUGUUCGCCGGGUCUUCCUGGCUCUGCUCUGCUGGCUACUGCGUUGGGGGCCAGGGCAGGAACACGUUUUCUUAAUUGGGUGAAGAGCCACAUAGCUGCUGUCUCUGGGUGCCAGGCCAGCCAGUACUUUGGCUCCCCGAGGGGAACUUCCCCUCUUCUCGUGUGGCACCGUCCACCGUCCAGCCUCGGAGUCUAGGGGACUUGAGGAAGAAUGUGAAUGGAGGGGGAGAGGCCAGAGAGGAGAGAAGGCAAGAUGGUCUGAGGAGGAAGAGGGAGCAGGAGAGGAGUUGGUGGCAGGACCUCCCCAGGCCUAAAGUGCUGGGGAUGGGACCGCCAGGGAGGAGGGUGCAGGAGUGCUGAGGGACGGGUGGGGUAGAAGCACUGGUCAGCACCGUUCACGCUGGGCUGGAGAGGAGUGUCCUCGGCAGGCUGCCAGGCCAUGCUGGAGGCCACUCGUCCUGGCAGGAGGGGCAGCCAGGCCCCGGUGUCCACCAGGCUUGGCGAUUCCUGGGGAGAUGGGUGGGGAGAGCCAGGCCUGGCCCAGUGCCCACUGCACCCACAGUCUGACUGCACAGAGCCACCUUGAGGCAGGGGCGCCAAGGCUGCCUCCCUGGGAUUGAGAAACUGUGUUUGCCAAUAUACUUUGCUUUCAAUUCCAAGAGGAGCUCUGGGAAAACCUGUGGAUAAAACCAAAUGCCAAAUGUUGGACGUUGUUUCCUUUUCCUUUUCUCCCUCUGAUUGUUUUAAUUGUUCUGUGAUGGUUUUAAUGGAUUUGAGACCCUGGAGCGGCAGCUGCCUUUCUGAUUUCCGGCUGCUUUUUGUGAAUAAUUUAAAAAGAAAAAAAAAAGAAACUUUACAUUUUGGAGACAAACCUGUGUGAGUUUUUUAUUGGUACAAACGUUGUAUUUAACACUAGGGGUUUUGUACAGUUUUUUGCCUUUUCUACUAGAAAACAAUGUAAAGUGAUUUCACAAUGUGAAGAGAAAAAAAAUUGCCACUAUGACCAAACGCACAGUCUGUUCUGCAGCAGCAACGGGAUUCAAUCAACUCAAGUCGAGAUUCAGCCGUAGAAACGCUUUUCCUUGGCCUUGUUCGAGCUUUCCUUUCUUUCCUGUUUUGAUUUGCAAAAGAAAAUGUCUUUUUGUGUGAACUUGUGUUGUACUCUGUAGAAAAUUAUGGAUUUUACUUUAAUGGUUAAAAAAAAGGUAAGAAAAGCCUUUGUUGCUUUUCUCACCCAAUCACAGUUUGUGUAGUGGAUUAAAAAAGAAAAAAAAUGUUACCAGUUUGGAGCAAGGGAGUAUGUGUUUCAAAGGACUCGCCUUCCUUUUUUGUGUGUUUUUCCUUUUGUCCCAAUGGGAAACCUAAAUCUGUUUUAAUUGCACAGACACACAGACAAAAAGUCAUUUUGUAUCUGCCAAGUGUGGUACCUUCCUUUGUUUAUUUGCUAUUAAACUGUUUGAGAAGAACAGA